AUAUUCCUUGCUUUACAGCACAGUAUUAACUUUUUCCAGGGUCCACGGACAAACGGAAGUGGAGCAACGUCAUUGAGUUAGCGUUACCAGGAAGUGGCAAGAGGGUUGCCAGAAAGCGGCUAAUUCAAUUCAAGCGGCGGUAAAACAAAAACAAAUGCUUCAACUAUUAUGAAAAAGUUAAUUUAGUUUAUCUUGAUGUUUAUCUAUGUAAACACUGUUUUGUGAGACGCCAGUGGGGGCUUGCUUGUAUUUGAGUUGCUGAUAUUCAUGUCAACAACAGCAAAAAGUUAGCAAAAUUGUCUGCAUUCUAUGACUGGUGUGGAGACGAUUGGUUAUGGCGGAUGGAGAGUUGUGCUUGAUAGACAAGAACAUAUCAAGUUUGUCGGAGGUCCCGCUGAGCAGCAGUGUUACGUCACUGAAUCUUCACUCUAACAGAAUAUCGAGGCUAGAGGGCUUGACGCCGGCUUGGCGUCUCCGACACUUGGACUUGUCAUCCAAUCACAUUACUCGUAUUGAGGGACUUUGCUCCCUUACCUCAUUGAGAACCCUAAAUUUGUCCUGCAACCUAAUCACAAAAGUUGAAGGACUGAAUGGACUAGUGAACUUGACUAGAUUAAAUGUAUCCUACAAUCACAUAAGUGACCUCACAGGCUUACUGUACCUUCAUGGGGCCGCAUACAAGCUGAAACACCUCAGUCUCCAUAGCAACAGCCUGGGCAGCAUCAACCAGUUGCUGCAGUGCAUGCUGGGACUGCAGAGUUUGAGAGAAGUCACGUUGUGUGUGGAUGGCAAAGAUAACCCUCUUUGCAGUUCACCAGGUUACAGGGAGAUGGUGUUCCAGGCCCUGCCUCAGAUCUCUAGCCUGGACAGGGUGGACCGGCUUGGAAACCACGCUUCUUUAGGAGAGGACUGUCCUAUUGAUAUCCCUGGUCUGGAUGACUAUGUGGAAUUCUUGCUCUCCUCAGACACCAGUGCAAAUGACCUGCGUAUUAAUGAGGAGAUGAGCCAGUACGGCCAGCGGGCGGGCCCCGUGGAGCCCACACCACCAACCAGACGGACCGACCCACUGCAGGUCGGCCCAGCAGCAGACCCCUACAAUGAACAGCGCAUUCAGAAACUAGAACACCAGGUGUCCCAGCUCUUCCACCAGAAACCUCUGCCUCAGAAACCUGCCGGUGAUGCCAGCAGAAGCUCCGCCCCCUCAGUGGAGCUACGGAAGCCCAGGAGGGACAUUGACAACACGUCAGAAAGUGACUGUGACAGCGGGAAGCAGAAUCGCUGUGGCUCCAGGAUCGCGGCAGCCCAGCAUAGGAGUGGCAGAGCCACAGUGAAGAGGCCCGUUAAGGAGCCCAGGGCCAGGAGAACUGACAGCGACCCAGAGAGCCGGAAAGGCAGAGGUUCAAAGUGUGCAGCGGGCGCCUGGAGGAAGGCGGGGGGCCCAUCUGCUGCCCCGGGCCCUGCAGACAUGGUGGGGCCAGCCAGGAAGGGCCUCAACCCUCCCAGAGCCCCGGGGGACAGGAGCAACAGGUCCACUGGGGAGGAAGAGACAUACAGGGCCAUUGUGGAGGAGCGUGACCAGGAGAGGGAGAGGCGCUGGAAGGCAGAGCAGGCUGCCAGGAAGCUGACAGAGCAGAUGAAGAGCCUGCAAACACAGGCCAGCGAGGAGAAAGACCUGCAGAGCCUGGCCUUGCACACCACAGACAGGCUGAAGGAGCUGCUCCUGAGGGAGCGUUCGGAGCGCUCAGUGCUGCAGGCUCGGGUGGAGGAGCUGGAGGAGAGGAGCCAGGGUCUGGCCCUGCAGCUGGAGCAGGCUCGCCAGCAGGAGGACCACCAGCUGAGGGCGCUACGCAGCCUGGAGGACAGCGUGGCCCAAAAGGAAGCACUGAGGGCCCGCCAACAGGCGGAGGAGAUGAAGAAACAGCAGGAGUUGGGGAACAAGGCUGCCGCCAUGAAGAGAGAGGUGGAGAUCCACAAGGCCAUGGCAAAGCAGCACAAAGACAAGCAGCAGCAGCUGCAUGAACUGCUGGCUUCCAGGGAACAGGUAUACAGAAAGGAGUUGGAGUCCAGGCUGGUGCCGGGUGGGGCGGAGUUCCGCGAGGCGGUGGCGAGGGAGGCGGAGUCUGCCGAGCGGAGACACGCCCAGCGGGUGUCGGAGAUGGAGGAGAGGCUGGCAGAGGGCAAGCAGCAGUACGCCGCCCUGGAGGACGAGUUCCGCAUGGCCCUCACAAUCGAGGCCACGCGCUUCACUGAGGUGAAGGAGGGAUGUGAUCACCUGAGUGGGGAGGUGUCGGAGAUGAGGACAGCCCUGGCCCGCUCCCAGCAGAGAGAGAAACAGUCUGGCUCUCUGGUGCAGGAUCUCACUGCUAUGGUCAAGGAGCAGAAGAAUCGCAUUGCUGAGCUCAUCAAAACCAAGAAAGAUGCAAUUACCGAGCUCAAGGCUCGCCUGCGCCCCCUGGAGGCGGGGGUGGAGCAGGACCGCCGUCUCAACCUGCAGCUGGAGCUCAUGAAGAAGGACAAGUCCCGCCUCCUGGCCCAGCUCAGCGCCCAGGAGUCGGUCAUCGACGGCCUGAGGGCCGAGAGGAAGAUCUGGGGCCAGGAGCUGGCACAGCAAGGCGCGUCAUUGGCUCAGGACAGGGGUCGUCUGGAGGCUAAGAUCGAGGUGCUGUCCACGGAGUUGGAGUCGCAGAAGAAACAGAACGAACGAGACAACGACGCCCUCAGGAUCAAAGCCAAGGUCAUCGAUGACCAGACAGAGACCAUCCGCAAACUCAAAGAGGCUGUGCAGGAGCGGGAUGAGCAGGUGCGCCGGCUGCGUGAGGAGAGCAUCCAGGCCCAGAGGAGGUUCCAGCAGCAGCUGGAGGAGGAGAUGGGCCCCCUGGUGGAGCUCCGCGACAGGCUGGAGCAACUCAGCCUCCGCAAGGAGGAGCUCAAACAGCAGCUGGAGGAUAAGGAGCUGGAGCUGGACGAGGUCAAGAGGGCCUACAGUGCCUCCAAUAAGAAGUGGCAGGAAAAGGCAGAUCUGCUGACCCGGCUAGAGAGCCAGGUGAAGCGCAUGAAAGACAACUUUGACUCUAAAGAAACCAUGCUGCUGGAGGACAGAGACAAGGCUUCAGAAGCACACAAAGCUGUAGUUGAGAAGCUCCACAGCAUGGACGAUGCGUUUCGAAGGCAGCUGGAGUGUGUGCAGGUGUCCCAUCAGACAGAGCUCUUGAGACUGGCUAAUGAGAAGCAGAAACAAAUUGAACAGGCCAAUCAGAGAGUGUUUCAGGUGGAGGAGGAAAUGCGACAGCUUCUUGAGGAGACAGAGAGCAGCAAGAAAAUCAUGGAGGACAAAAUGAGACGACUGACCAGUGUGCUGAAAGACUUCUAACCUCAGUUUACAUGAUUAAUUACACACCUGAGGUUGAGAAAGUUGGAUUAAACUAAUUUAAAGGUUUCAAUAUUUACCAAUAUUUGUGAAGUGAUAGGUGAAUAUGAAGUUAUAAAUUCACUCCUUGUGCCAAGUUUACGUUUUGUAAAUAUUUUUAUUAAGUUAUUAACAAUUGUUUUUAUAUCAUGAAUCGUCAACAUCGCAAUAAAAUAAUUGUGGUUUCCUAAAAGCUAAGUA